AGAUUAUGUAAAUCUCUGCAUACAAUAUAUAUAAAACGUGCCUGAGCACAUUCACAUUUCUACCAUUAAUUUCAUACCCGGAGCAUCGAUGUUGAGAUUCACCACAAUGGCGACGACUCUGAGUUUUUAUGAUAGCAACAGAACGGUGACAAUAGUCAUAGUAGCUCUGCUCUCUUUCUCAAUUCUCUGCGUCACGAAGAUCAUAAGGCAUUAUCGAGACCCUUUACGGAAUAUCCCCGGUCCAUUUUGGGCAAGAUAUACCCGACUAUGGUAUCUCAUUGAAAUGCUCAACUGUCAUUCACGGGACACAAUAGCAAAACUGCAUGAGAAACAUGGCCACGUUGUGCGGAUAGGACCAAACCAAUUCAGUAUCUCUGACAUGGAGGUCGCAAGAGAGGUUUACGGCCCUCGUACAUUGUUUGAAAAGUCCGACUUCUAUGUUUCCUUUACCAACCCUGGCGGAAAAACGCUGGUAUCGAUGCGGAACAACAAGAUGCACAGAGACUUACGCCGGAAGUUUCAACACUCAUUUUCCAUGUCACAGGUUUUGAAGAUGGAAUAUCUAAUUGACCAAUCACUCGAAAUUCUCUUCAAGAAGCUGAAUCAGCUGGCUGAGCAAGGGGUGAAGUCUGAUCUACUGCAUUGGUUAAAGCUCUGGAGUAUGGAUAAUAGCUCAUUGCUUAUCUUCGGAGAAAGUUUUGGAUGCGUGGAGAAAGAUGCUGAUGUCAAUGGGCUCCUGCAACUUACUCGAGCGAGCACAUUUUAUGCUAGUGUGGUUGGCAUCAUUCCAGAGUGGCAUAAAGUUCUCUGGAACUAUGUGCCUUCCUGGAUAAUGAGCGAGAAGGAGGUUCGUUCCUUUGCUGAGAAACAAAUCGAAGAAAAAGAGGUAGCCAAGGACUCAACAAGGGGAGCAUGCUUUUUGGAUACUUGGUUCCAGCAAAAGGAAGCUGACCGAAUGGACAAAACCGAAGUCCGCAUUGGAAUUGGAGGCGCUUUGGGAGGCACUGAGCUCACUCCUUCCUUCAUGUGUCAGGCAAUGUACCACGUGUACCGGGAACCAGCCGUUCUCCAGCGGCUGCGAGAUGAAAUCGACCCAAGAGUGGUGAGAUCAAAUACCAGUUCACACAGCAUUUUGCCCCAUGAAGCUAUCCAAGAGAUGCCCUAUCUGCAGGCUGUUCUUAAGGAGAUCAUGAGACUAUGGCCAGUAGCCGGUGUUACAUUCUCGCGUGUGGUACCUGAAGGAGGGGCACACCUUUCAGGGUAUCAUUUCCGGGCGGGACAAGUCAUUGGGAUUAAUUACUGGGCAGCAUCCCGGAACACAGAAUACUUUGGUGCGGAUGCAGCCGAAUUUCGCCCUGAAAGAUGGCUGGACGAUCCCGAAGAGGCCAAAAGAGCUAACUACUAUAGCAUACCGUUCAGUUUGGGCAGUCGAGAAUGCAUAGGGAAGCAUCUCGCCACUUUUAUGGUUCUCAAGGCAUUGGCAUUGGUCUUCUAUUCAUUUGACAUCAGCAGCCUCCCAGAUAGUCUAGAGCUGUGGAACGACCAUGUUGCUAAGGUGGAGGACUUUGAAGGCCUAGUCAAGAAGCGGCAUCUAUAGAGGCCGGAGCCUUCCGGGCUUCCCCUUCCCUAUCCUACUGAUAGGGAGUCUCCUAUGGCCCCGCAUUCGCUUUGGCUACGAGAUGAAAUUCUCUCUUCUGAGCGUUCAAGCACCAGAGCUUAUAUUGAGGCAGUUCAGCCACCAUUUUCGGGGUCAACCCUCCUCCUCCAUUCAUACCUUCAUGAAAGUAGAAGUGAAAUCGCGCCAGUUACUCUGUCCGUUCCUCCCAGUAGUUAUCAUUGCUUCUCUUGGACAGUUGAUGCACACAUCCGUAUAAUGUUUUUAUAAGUCA